CAACCUUUGUUCAAGUGCACAAUUACACCAGCCCCUGGUCCUCUUCAUUCCCAACCAGUUCCUCCUACUCAUCACAGCUCUAACAUCACCACCCAUCACCACCAUCGUCAAUCUCGCUAUAACGGUCCGGUCCCUAGCCGGCGAGCACAACAGAGGGGUUACACCACCACCACCACACACACACAGAGGGUUGGUGACAGGAGCGAGAGAUCAGCCUGCAAGCGUGUGCGUGCGCUACUGUAUGGCACACGUGGGGAGCGGUAGCGCACUGCGUGGUGCUGGCCACCCACCCACGUGCCGUUCCGGCCUCAACAGGAGCAGCUCCCUACCAGAACUUGCCCCAACAGUCUGCUAAGGCUACACAGGGGGAGAGAGAGAGGGGGGGGGGUCUUUGUAUCGCACCGUCAAACCACGCACGCACACACAGUCUCCAUCCCCCCACCACCGCUUCCAUCCUUACACGGCCUGUAUCCUCACACACACACACGAGUCUUCAUCUACAGUCUACACAGACAGCCCUAGGCGUAAUCGCGGCGGGGUGACAACGGUGUGGGAUGAUGAUGAAGAUGAUGAUGAAGAUGAUGGAGGGGGAGGAGGAGGGAGCGUGGAUUCGGCCGGACCGCCAGGCCCGCGCUUAGAGCACAGCUCUCCACGAGACCCUCGCUCACAAUGGACGCGGUGGUAGGAGGAGACGCAUCGGGUGCUGCUGCUACUACUGUUGCUACUGUUACAACAAUAGCAGCAGGAGGAGGAGAUGGAGCUAAUAUCAGAACCCGCCACCGCCGCCUUCCCCUGGAGCGACUGAGUGAGAAGAAACUGCAGCUCCCCUUCUGUUAACCCGCGUGCCUCUCGCCUGUCUAGCUGGGGAGGAUUUACGAGCAGAAGUUUUUGAACGUCUCAACUCGUCUGAAGGGGCAGCGCCGGGAGCAUGUGGACGCGCACCACUCGCUGUGGUGACACGUGACAGGGGGACAUGGAGAAGAGCGGCCACGAGACGGAUUCUGCCAAAGGAGAACCUCCUGCCCUGAACGGAGGCGCGGCGUGGGAUGUGGAAUCGCUGGCGAGGCAGAACGAGGGCCUGCGGGGGCAGCUGCACGAGCUGGAGCAGACCUGCUGCGCCCUCCGCGAGGAGAACGCGCUGCUGCGCAAGAGCAGCAGCGUGGACACCGAGGACAAGGUCCGGCGGCUGAAGAGGAAGAACGCCGAGCUGGUGGCCAUUGCCAAGCGGCUCGAGGAGAGGGCCAAGAAGCUGCAGGAGGCCAACAUGAGGGUGGCCACGACACCGGCGCCACUCAAGCUGCAGGCGGUGGAGCAGUACCGCAAGGCGUUCGCACGGCAGCGAGCGCGGGACCUGGGCAGCCAGGCGGCGGCGCUGCUCUCCAAGGACAAGCAGGUGGACGCCCUGCAGAGGGAGGUGUACCGCCUGCGACACCUGCUCCACCUGCUUGCUCCCGAGGGGAUUGUGGAGCCGGAGAGCGACACGGAGCGGCUGCUCGUAGCCUCGCAGAAGGAGGUGCUACGUCUGCAGCGCCAGCUCUCCGUGGCGACGGGCAAGCGGCCGCAAUCGCUGCCCUCGCCCGACAAGGGGCGGCAAAUUUCCGGCGCCAGCCAGCCAGCCCUGAGAGCCCCCCCGGAGCGCCUGCGAGCUGUCGAGGAGUCCAACCGCUCGCUCAAGGCCGAGGUCAAGAAGCUCAAGCAGGAGGUGCAGCGCUACAAGCGCCUGGAGGGUGAGCUGAGCAAAAAGAGGAAGGAGGCUGAAGUGUUGGAACAGGACGUCAAGAAGCGGAAGCGCCGAUGCCAAGAGUUGGAGUGCGAGCUGAAGGAGCGGCAUCAGGAGAGCGUGCGGCUCGGCAAGGAAACAGCCCGGCUCCAGCACCGCACCCAGCAGCAUGAGAGGGAAAAGACCGAGUGGCAAGAGCGAGUGAAGGCUGCAGAGACCGAGAAGGGCUCCCUGGCAGAGGAAAACCACCAGUUGCGCGCCAAACUGGACAGGUUUGAAAAGGCGCAAGCUGAAACGAACAAAGACCACGAUGACGUUGUGCAGGUCCUGGAGGCGAAGGUGCACGACCUGGAGGAGUGGUGCCGCACGCACGUGCACCACCAGUUCGGGCAGGUCUCCCACGAGCUGGAGCGAUUCGGCCUGCGCAAGGCCCACGGCGACGCGGUGAACGGUGGAGCCGCCGGGCCCCCCGAGACGCAGCCGCGGCUGCGUGCGGCGACUCGCGGGGGCCCCGAGGCAACCGGGCCGCCGGCGGAACCUCCCAUGACCGCGGAGGCCGGCGCCGGUCGUCAUGAGCUCACAAGAGCUGCUGCCGUGGCCGCUGCCUGGUCCUCGCCGGGUCCCCCAGAGAGGAUGGACGGGACGGCCUGCGUGGCUCACGUGGUCCCACUUCCUGCCGGUGGAGAGGCAGCCAGCGGUGGCGCGUCGCAUCCACAAGAUCAGCCCACCCACGUCGUCGCUGAGCAGACACCCAGACUGAGAGGUCGGCUCCAGCAUGGCAGCCUCUCUCGUUCCUUCUCCAUGGAGGUGGACACGGCAAGUGAGGUGGACGACUUGGACACGGACCACGUCUCGCCCAUCAGUAGCUUGGCUGCGCGGGGGAAGAGCAAACUGCAGGUGUUCAUAGCGCGGUACAGCUAUAACCCCUUCGAGGGCCCCAAUGAGAACCCGGAGGCUGAGCUGCCGCUGGCGGCCGGAGAAUAUGUAUACGUGUACGGCGACAUGGACGAGGACGGCUUCUACGAGGGAGAGCUGAUGGACGGCAGGAGAGGCCUCGUCCCCUCAAACUUCAUCGAGCGCAUCUCCGACGAGGACUUGGUGGCGUUCCAUCAGAUGGAGGGCGAGCAUUCAUUGUCGCAGCAGCAGCAGCAGCAGCAACACCUCCACCACGUCCACCACCAUCACCACUCGUGCCCCGACCGCGACCGAACCCGUCCCACCUCGGCCUGCAGCGUCUGCUGGGAAGGACAGGGCUGUCCCGGCCAGUGCCCCAACCCCUGCCAGAACAAGUGCCGGGCCGAGGUGCCGGCGCCACCGUGCGGCGCUGACGGCGGUGGUUGUAAGGGCGGCCGCUCGAGCGAGACUCCACACCGCUGCUGUGGCGCGCCGUACGGCUGCGACAUCGGCCAAUCACUGCCGCGGCUCGGUACUCCCAACUGCACGGAGGACAUCGACGCGGAAGAGGCGCCGCCACUGCAGGACGACCCGCGCGUUCGUCACCCGCGCGGCAUCGCCCUCAUCAAGCAGCUGGCCAAGAGCGUGAUCAUCAGCUGGGAGCCGCCGCCGCUGCUACCGCCGCCGGCUCGCACGUCCGCAUCGUCGUCGCCGUCCCUCUCCACUUCCUCGUCCUCCUCCGCCUCCUUCUCUGCCGCGGCACCCACGAGCUACAACGUGCUGGUGGACGACGAGCUGCGGAUGAACGUACGCGCCAGCGCCAAGCCCAAGGCACUGGUGGAGAAGCUGGAGCUUUCGGCGAGCUCGUAUCGCGUGUCCGUGCAGUGCGUGACGGCCCGGGGCCUCUCGGACCCGGCGCUGUGCAGCCUCCUGGUGGGCGCGGGCGCCACGCCGGCCCCGCGCCAGCUGGCGGUCCGCGACGUGACGCCCUCAUCGGCCGUGCUCGCGUGGCUGCCCAGCAGCAGCAGCCACGCGCACGCGGUGCGCGCUAACGGGGAGCAGCGCGGCGAGGUGGCGGCGGGCGUGCGCGCGUUCACGCUGCUCGGCCUGGAACCCGACCGGCACUACCGCAUCGUGGUGGAGGCGCGGCCGCAGCGGUCGCACUGGGAGCCGAGCCCCGAGGAGAGGCGGCGCAGGGAGGCGAGCAUCGCGUUCAGGACGCCACCCGCAGGUUUGCCAGACGCGCCACUUCACGUGCAGGUGGAGGCCGGACAGAGCACGGGGACGCUGCUUGUCUCGUGGCUCCCCGUCACCAUCGACGCCAUGGGCUCCUCCAACGGCUCCUGCAUCACCGGUUACGCCAUCUUUGCCGAUGGAGCCAAGGUGCUGGAGGUGGCGUGCCCGACGGCGGGCAGCGCCGUGCUCGACUCGUCGCUCUGCGAGGGCAGCUCCGCGCUCACGGUGCGCACGCUGUCUCCGUGCGGCAGCUCCCCGCACUCGCUCGCCGCCCGCCUCCUCCUCCUCCCGCCGCCGGACCGGACGAGGAGCCCCGAGGGACCCUCGCCGCCGCCGUCGCCCGUCGCCGGCGCGGAUGGCAGCGGCACGCCCACGAGACGGGCGCGCUCGGUCAGCAAGCUCAAGAUGUGCAACCACGCGGCCGGGUGGGGCAGCCCAUCCCGCGCGGAGCCGAUGGCCGCAGUAGGGGAGGCGUGGUACGACCCAGCCACUGGCUCCUCGGGCCAGACCUCGACGGACGAGGCUCGCUUGAGAGCCACGGAAAUCCCCUGCGACACAGGGUCGAUGGGAGACGUCCCAGACACUCUCGCCACGGUGCAGCUGUGUGCUGCCGGAUCGCCCGACGCCAUCCCCUCGCCCAUAGUGCCAGCCGUCCGGCCCGCGGAGCCGCCCCGGCUGCUCGACUCGGAGGUGGUGGGGUUCGUGCCACCGGCAGACGGAGAGAGCGAUUGUGCCGAGGCGUCACAGGCCAAGUCGGAGGAGGAGCAUGGCUCCACGCAGCCCUUGUGCAGCUCCAUGGAGGAGUUCCUUCGGGAGAUGGAGCAGGACCGACUGGUACCGCCGCCUCGGUUGGAGGGCUACCAAACAGAGAGCAGCCGUGGCUCGGAGCUCUCCGACAUUUUGGAGGAGGACGAGGAGGACCUGAUGUCCGAGUCGGUGAAGCGCAGCGAGGCUCAGCGCCGACGUCUCAACCACCCACUCAGGGUGGGAGAGGGCUGCGACACCGACAGUGACGAGGAGAGCCUGGAGGCCGUGCUGGAACUGCCACUGCAGAAGCACUGCAGCAAAAAGCUUUUCAGCAUCCCGGAGCUCACGGAGGAGGAGGAGGAGGAUGACGAUGAUGACGAGGAGGAGGAUGACGAUGAGAAGGAGGAGGACGAGGAAUCUGAGAGGGGCCUGAGGGAUGCAUUUGAGGAAUUAGCUGCUCCUCACAUCCCCCUUACUCCUGGUCGGAAACUCUGGCAGAAAUACGACCGUCCCGGGAGAGUCAAAUGUGGGAGUCCUGGGUGUUCAGGCCAAGUCCCCAGAGAAAGCCCCAAGCAUUCCAGCAGAGUCAGAAAAGCGAGCCCUGAGCUGCUUGGCAUAGUCGCCCGGGAAAGCCCAAAGAAUUCCUUCAGCGUCGCCCACGAGAGCCGGGAGGUGUGGCCAGGGCUGGAGAAGAUGGGCUGCACGGUGCAGAGAGACAGGUUCCUAAGACGCAGCCGCUUUGCACAGAAGCAGGCCGAGGCCGCGGUGGCGGAACGGGGCCACGCGGACGCCUGCACGAAGGACGUUCCCCUCGACAACGUUCCAGCGCUUCACUGCCAAGGCCGAGAAGGGGCAGCGGCGACGUGGGUCGACCUGUGCCGCACUCCGAGCGACGGGGGCAAGCGGGCACGCGAGCACAAUCAGCGCAGCCCCAAGGCCAGGCCUCGAGCGGCGGAAUGCCGCCACCCCACCAACGAGGGGACAUCUGACGGGGAGAAGGAGCGGCCCGUGGGCCGCCGGCACGUCGAGGAGGCGCACGGGAGGCCGGUGGCCGCGGCCGCCGCCUGGCGCAGUAGAAAGCGAGGGCUCACUCGGCAGAGCACGGUGGAAGAGGACUUCUCGGACACGGAGCGCGGAUCCGAGAUGGCCGGAGGGGACAGCGGCAGUGGCGGUGGUGGCCAUGGCGGCGGCAGCAGCAGCACGGGAGAUGCGAGUGCAACCGCGCUACCGGCGAGCCGGGCGGACCCUCGAGAGCGGGAGCGCAGUAGUGCCGCAAGGACUCGAGCCGUCGUUGCCUUUCGGCAGGAGCAGCCAAAGCACGGAGACACGGCUCCCAGCGGCGAUGCGCCGAGCGUCGCCCAAUCGGCGCCCGGUGGAGAUGCAGUCAAACCCGGCAACGCCUGUCCUCCCGAUGCAGGGGCCCCCUGGACAAACCCCGGCGCCGCGGAGAGAGGCCCCCGGGAGGGUGUCGUGCCCGUGAGAAUCUUUGUCGCGCUCUUCGACUACGAUCCCAUGUCCAUGUCGCCCAACCCGGAUGCUGCCGACGAGGAGCUGCCCUUCCGGGAGGGUCAGGUCAUCAAGGUGUACGGGGACAAGGACGGUGAUGGCUUCUACCUGGGGGAGGCAGGCGGCCAGCGUGGCUUCGUGCCCUGCAACAUGGUGUCCGAGCUGCAGGUGGAGGAGCAGGCCGUGCUGCAGGAGAUCCUGAGACGCGGGUUCCUGCCGCCCGAUGCGCCGCUCGACCAGAUAGUUGCGUUAGAGUCAGCUUGGGAGGAAAAAGAUCGAGAAGGGCUGGACGGGCGAGGCUGCUGGCAGGCGGGGGUCACCGCUCGCCGCAUGAUCGCCCUGUUCGACUACGACCCCCGGGAGAGCUCGCCUAACGUCGACAUCGAGGCCGAGCUGAGCUUCACCGCCGGGGACAUCAUCGCCAUCUAUGGAGACAUGGAUGAAGAUGGAUUCUACUUUGGAGAACUGAACAGCCAGACUGGCCUCGUACCCUCCAACUUCCUGGAGGAGGUGCCGGGAGACUUGGAGGUAGCACUGUCCAUUCCUGAUGAGAGAGAGGCUGACGGCGAACAGCAGGCGGAGAAAGCGGCAGAGGAGGCAAUGCAAGACGAGAGCCGAGCGGGCGAUCACGAGGACGCGCCGCUCAACGGCAGGGCGGCGCGCGCGGCCGAGGCCGCCCAACCUCCGGCGGCGCCACAGCCGGCGAAGGCCGAGGGACCGCCGGCAGAGGGAGCGGCGGCGGCAGCGGGGGGUGGGGGUCGCAGUGACGAGGAGGCGAGCGCGGAAAAAGCGUCCGCCCUGCUGCCGUCGCCGGCCACGUCCGGCGGCGGGUCCCCUAAAACUCACGGCUCCUCCUCCAGCCCUGCCAGCAGCCUGGAGGGCUCGCCGCGCAAGAAGAAGGGCUUCUUCUCCAAGGGCAAGUAUCUCCUGAAGAAGCUGGGACCCAGCAAGAAGCAGUGAGCACGCGGCUUGCAGAUGCCACCGAGGGCCCAGUUGGUGAACGGUGGCACGGCUUGUCCAUGCUGCUCCGGGUUUGUAUUCGACACGCCGCGCGGUGCCCUAUGAUGCGACCUUGUCGGCCAGUACAUGCACUUUCCUCUGUCAAUCCAUUGGCUGGAUGACGGCGUCCCAAGGUCGUGCGGGUCGUGGGGGUUAUUUUAUGAUGCUCUGCCACCUGGGUCAGAGAAGGUUGGUAAAGGCUGGGGGUAUAGGUGGUUGGAGCAUAGAAUAACAGUCCAGCAAUGUAUUUUAUUGCUGCCACAAAUGUAGCCCUUCAGUUGCAGUAAGUCAAAUUGAAAUAAAAAGAGAUGUUUUUAAUUAAUCAAACUUUCAUGCGAUUAUUAUCUUGUAACGCGACAAAGAUCUAAAUUGUGUUAUGAAAGAAAUACAAAGACUAACCAAUUCUAGUGUUAUUUUACUCUGGCCAAAAAACAAGAAAGAAUUUUUUUUUUAAAUGGUUCGAUCCUCGCCAAACACGACAUUGAGUCCAGCCACGCUUAGAAGAGCAAGAAAAUUCCUGGUUCAACAGUUGGAUUAGUCGUGUUGAUGUUGACACAACAAGCGGACACGAAACAGCACAUGAGGCUGCUAGUGUGAUGGGUUUUCUUCCAAAACCCAUGGAUUUUCUCACUGAAGUUGGUGAUUUUAUUUUCACCCUAACACACGCACUCCAACCCAACAACUGCUAAGUGCUACCCCACCCGCAGUGUUAAUGGUGAGAUGGUGCCAUUGCACUUGGAACAAACUGUCGGCAAUUCCCUUUGCAUGGCAGUAUCGCAAAAAUGACAAGACAGUAAAAUGAAUCGGCACCUGAAGUUAUUGCUGAAAAAUCAAACUGUUAGGCCAAGUGGCCUCCCAACAAUGAUCAUUCCUCCCCAAGAUAGCAGGGCUCUUAACAGUUUACAAGAGUAAAACAAAACUAACGUGAGAAUCUUGUUGAAUUUCACUCGGGGCAAAAACAAACACCAGGCAAGGUAAACGUUUUGGCUGCUCAGCCACUUCACCAGGACUCUGCUGAGCUGCACUGAUGACGACGGCGAUGUCCGACUUAAUUCCCGGUGGGAAUUCUAUUCCUUCCCCAACGCCGCCUCCUCCAGCCACCACUGUUUUAAGUCGUGGUCCUUCGUGGACCGUUGUCUCUGAAAAAGUGAAGGUGGACUCCAGCCAGAGGAGCAUUUGUUCAAGGCUGGACACCAUCUGAAAUGGACUUUCGCCGUCGCCCAACGGCACAGGAGGCGGUCGUGGACCUCGCCGACAAAACGCGUUCGUGUUUGUUUUGUGCAUUCUAAUGUGGUGGCUGAUGGGCCCUUGGCAGACAGCCACCAUCACGGUCCUCUCGCUUUGUUGAAGGCCUGGAGCUUAAAAGGGUGUAUCAACCAGUGCCGAAUCAUCGGAUGUGAAACGUAUCAGCACGCCGUGUGUUUUUUCGCCACUUGUCGCUGUCACCGGACCUAAGUGGAUGAGAUUGGGAGUGGAAUAUGGGCGCUCACGCUGUCAUCACUCGCAAUGGCUCUGCGAAAAUAUACUCACAAUGGUGCUCUCCACAUUGGCACCACACUGCACUACGGAGCAUUCCUUUUCAUUAUGUUUAUAAUUUAAAUAACACCGCAUUAUAUCAUAAGCUGUAUAUAGAGUCGGGUUUUGAAAUGCGACUAAAGUAACAGAAGGGAAAAUACCAGAAGGAAAAGCGUUGCGUUUUUGGUAGUCAUAGAAGUACACAUUUGUAUUAUUUAUUUAAUUCAAGGACGUUGUCAGAGCUGGUCUGCAGGGAGUGGUCACAACCCAGAUCAAUGAUUGCUGAGAGUUGUGAAGAGCAGGACAGAUUGUCAAUGCCGGAAGAUGCCUCAGAUGUGCAUCCAUGUGCAGCGCAUUGUCAAACCACUGCUGAAUGAGAAGCUCUGGCCCAUGUGCAAAGGGCUCUGGAUAUCUGCUGCACCACCCUCUGUUGCCCCCCACGUCAACUGUAAUUUCUACCCAUGCAAACAUCCAGAUAAAAAAAAAACCCUGCUUAGCUUGCGAAGGUCUGGGCACAUUGCGGAUGAUUUAGACAUACUGUAUAGAUCUCGGACAUGAAAUUUACUGAAAGGAGCAAGUAACUCUGUCAUUUGCUGUGGGACAUCUUGCUCAAGGAUAGGCAUGAUAUUCCCCUCAUAUGCCAAUCAGGCGUGGAUUAAAGUUAAAGUUGAUUCCAACUUGAUUAACGUAAGAAUAAACAAUUUACAAUGUAUUUAAAGUACAGUAUGUGCUAAUGGUUCAUUUAGGUUCAUGGGGUGACAGACAAAACUGCACGAGACAGAAAAAAAACCCCAUCAAAGAGCAUGAACAUGGAGGUAGAAAUAUGCAGAGGUGAAUUGAUUUCUAAUCGAAUCGCGACCCUAAAUCGUGACAAUUCAUCAAAUCACUCAGGGAGUGAAUCGUAACAUACCCUACCGCCUGUGAUGGGAAUAUCUGUGCCAUGACGGGUGUCUGACACAAACACGCAUUUGUUUUCUUCAUCCGUGGAGAUGGCCCAGACCUUUAGCAAGAUGUCCACCAUUCUGCUUGCUAUUGUGAAGAGUGGUGGCGUAGCUAUUGAGUGUGCAGGCGGUGCAACUGCACCAGGACCCACGGGCUUAAGGAGAGCCGAGGCAUAGGGCUCCAGAACGGAGGAAAAUUAUAAAAGGGGGCUCCAUUGUUUUCCUUACACCAGGGCCCAUGUCAAUCACACUACACACUACUGGUGAAGGUUUUUUUUUUAAAUAAAUUACCGGUACAUGUCCAUGCAGUCUUCUUCUAAUCCACGCUCAGAAGGGUGUCCUGCAAACCGGCGACUGACCAAAGUGUAAUAAUUUAGGCGCUCGUGAUAACUACUCGCGUAAUCAUACAUGGGCAAUUAAAAUUAAUCCGUGCGCUCAUGAUACGCUCGUGCAUAUAAACAAAAAUAUUUGAUUAAUUUUAAUUUUAAAAAAAAUCUCUAUUUUGUAAUGUGUUCGCGUGACCCCCCUAUAGCCACUAGAUGCGCUAAAUUAAUUUCUUAAAAUACAAUUGUUACAUGUCUAUUCGGUGGUGGAUAAGUCAAUCGGGGGGAAUGGGUCGGUUGGUCAGAAAUGAAGACCGCACAGUAUAGAUUGAUUCACACAAACGUAACUCCCUCUAUCCUACUCAGCCCUUGAGAUGCAGUGCUUCACGGCUUGUGCUCAUAGUUUGCAGUACACCGAUGCAUCAUCGAUCGCUUCUUCUUUAUAGAGAGGGGCGCUUGUGUUUUUUUUUCCCCGCACGCUGGACCUGGGAUGUGGAAGGAUUUGAAGUCGGGGGUCCCCUCCUGCCUUGCAAAGGCACUCGGUCAUUGAGCCAUAACUGCCACCGCCGCUGCACUUACACGCAUCGAUGGCGGCUCCAAUCCAUGUAACAGUCAUGACUAUAACUGCGUUGUGAAUACGUACCAAACUGUUCCCGCUUGUAGUUGAAUUUGUCCCUGCUGCGCGGAUAUUAACACAGCACAGUGAUGGCACAGAGAUGGGAAUCAUCCCCUGCUGCACGUCAGCAGACGUAAUCUGUGGUGGUUCCCAUCUCCGUACAAGGCCAUGACUAUAACUGUGUUAUCCUGGCGGGUACUGCAGUUUACUUUGUGCCUGCGGCAGAGGUAGAUGGGGGGGGUUGACUCCCAAGAGCACAGCAUUGAUGUCUAUCUUAUGCUGAAUACUUUGUGUGCUUGUAGCGAUGUAGAGGCCGGGUAGCGGGGCUCUUGUGUAAAGGUCCCCCAGCGCUUCUCCGUACGCACGGGUGAGCACACUUAUUAACAGGGUUCGCAUCUGCUGGCAACCGCGGCGGCGUGCUCUCACUUUGGUUGUGGCAGUAAGCGCACAUUUUGUGCAUCACAACGGCAUUGCCUUAGUGCGGGGGGGCUGCCUUUGCCUUGGAGGCAUUCCCAGGGGAUGUCGAAGGAAAUAGCCGGUGUUGAAGGAAAAGCUUGCGUCGAAUGUUGAAGGACCGUGGGGAGGGCAGGCCGCGGGUUCAGUGCUUGCUUCGUGCCAAGUGCUUGCCCCCCCGAAACGGCGAGUCGUGUCCGGCUCCCAAAAGUGCCAAAAUCCCUAAGGGCCCCAUCCGGCUUUUGGGACGUGGGGGGCUUUCUCUUGGUAGGAUUGUUUGUAUUACAGGAUCCUCAGUUUUGUAUUUCUUGCCAUGAGAUAUUGCCAUAAAUACGUUCCAGGUGAAGAUAAGUGUCAAGAGAAGAAAGUAUUGCUGUGGCUUUUUUUCCAAACGGAGAAGUGCUCUCGCCGGGUUGGGGUUUGUAGUUUUUGGCAUUGAUGUUUUUGUGGACCUAUUUUAUAAACAAUUGUUGCCAUUUGGCUGAAGUUAAUGCUGAAUUUUUAUUUUGCAAACUCUGUUCACAGUGUAUAUACCGUACGUGGGUGUAGCAGCAAUUAAGCUCUCAGAGCUGCAGUGACUAAGUCUGGGUUUAGCACCGGUGGUUUGGAAUGAAGCCACAUUGACCGAUAGACAUCAUAGACCACACACCUAAAAAUCGAUAUCCGUACAAGUCUGAAAAAUAAAAUUAAUAAGUACAUUCAAUUAGCGACAGAUUGAAAUUAAUGAGCCGUUCAAGUGCCAUUAUGUUAAGAGAGAUUAUUUUUUAAAAAAGUUACGUUUGAGAGGUUUUUUUUCCACAUUAUUUUCAGAUCGAGUAUAAUUGUUGUGAGGUUUUUUUUUUACAUGGCGUGUGCGAGUAAUUUGUAACGUGUUUGUGUAAAUUUUCGUGUUCAGGCAGCGUGGUUUAUUGGUGUGUGCCCUUUGUGAGAGCUCAGUGUAACUGACAGAAUGGGUGGCACAGCUGUAAGUUGCAUUAGUCUCCAUGUACAUACACUGCACCCAUUUGACUGCUUUGAGCCAAAAUAAAGUUUUACAUUUA